CCGAAUGGUAAGCUCUUUUGAAAGUUGGUGAUAUCUCAUCAUUUGCAUUGUUAAUGAUCAUAUUGGAGUUUGUGUUUUAGGAUGAAUGCAUGAGCAGUGGUUUCUUGAGGGGUUGCCUGUUUCUCGUGCAGUUUAUCCUUUGUUUAUCCAUGCUUUAGUACUCAUAGUGUUCAUGUUUUUGUUAAGGUGUUUGUGCGAGCAGUGCAUGAAGCAAAAUGGAUGAACGAGAUGGAGAUAAGCAUAUAUGACUCGUGGUUUGAUCCGGUUGUAUCAGUUCUACCCGGUCUUAUCCCUGAUGGGUUCAUCUAUCUUAGAGCAACCCCUGACACCUGUCACAAGAGAAUGAAGCAGAGAAAGAGGGAAGAAGAGGGUGGAGUUUCCCUAGACUAUCUUCGUGACUUGCAUGAAAAGCAUGAAAGCUGGCUGUUCCCCGCUGAUAUUGGGAAUCAUGGGGUCUUGUCUGUCAGUAGGCCUCCCUUGCAACUUGAUAGCUCGAUACAUCCUGAUAUAAGGGAUCAAGUGUUCUUCUUGCAAGGUGAUCACAUGCACUCCAGCAUUCAGAAGGUUCCUGCCUUGGUUUUGGAUUGUGAAGCAAACAUUGACCUUAACAGGGAUACCGAAGCCAAAGAGCACUAUGCACGCCAAGUUUCUGCGUUCUUUAAGUAUGUCAAGCAGAUGAAGGAAGUUUCGCCAGCUCCCGGUGAUGGUGGCCCCAGUACUAGACAGAUCAUGCUGCCCCGUGAAGGUGGGUUGCUGCUACCAAAUGGGAAGCACUUUGGCGAAUCUGCUCUCAGGUCUCUGGAAGUCCAACGGGCUCUCCUUCGCGUCUAGCCAGUGAGAGCCGCUUGCUGCCUGCCCAACCUCGGUUCCCUCGCCUCCUUUUUGUCUGACACGCCCAUGGGAAGAUGUCAAGUGUCUAUCUCCUCCUGUUGCGCAUGUAUAGAGUGUGUUUAACCCCCAAGUAGGCACCCGGUAGAUCUGUAGAUUUUGGUCUUGUAUGAAUGAUGAAUAGUUUCUGAAAGAUGGUUUGUAGUGUUUUUCAAGGAUGGUAAUGGAAGCGGUUGCUUGCUUUCAGUGUCUUUUGUAUCAAGUGGUCGUGGUAUUGGCAGGUUAAAGAUAACUGAUUGUAGUUGACUAGAGAUUGGCGAAGCUUCCAACUUGGUAGAUAAUGAGUGUAUUGAUGUUCGUUCAACUUUCUGCGGGUGUUGGUAACUUUCUGUUUACCAAAUUGUCUAUAUGUACAUGUACAGGUUAAUUGUGAUGCUAACGAUUUUCAGCUUGUGCAGAUCGGCUAUACCCCUCUGCAUGUUAGCAAAAAGGUAACUUGUCUAGAGAGUUUUGUGAUGCCGUAAAAAUGUGUAUUCUGAGUAUACUAAUUCUUCAUUUAGUAUCCAUUUUCCACCCUUAAAACGAAUAUUUGUCGACAAACAAGCAAGCACAAAAUUUAGCAAUAUGUGAACACAUUUAUUUCUAUCAUAAAAUAUAUGUUUCUAGCAUGAGAGGCCCAUUUUAAGUUCAUUUAACUUUUAGGUCGAUAUUGGUUAUAUCAAUGAAGUGAAGAGAUUAGAAAAAGAGACUAGAAGUUAACAUUUGGCUAAUUAUUAGUAAUUUAAUAGGUUUGGCUAAAAUUAAUAGUCAUUGCACUAAAAAAAUUGGCGACCUUGAAGAAGGGAGGUUGAGGUUUCCCAAUACAUAACCCUUUGAGCUAAAAAACAUAUAGACAACAUAAAUCCAUAACCAUCUGAAAACACAAAAUAGUCAAUUUCGUCCAUUUUGUUAACACCGUCAGUUAACGGUAUGACUAGACUAUCGGAAGAGUCUGAGUUGGCGAUUGAUUUACCUCAUCAACCGACGUGGAUUAGCAAAAAAAAUUUAUAAAAAACCAGAAAGAGACCCAUUUAACCAUUAGUCCUCCAUUUCUUUGAUUUUUCUUUUCUUCCCAUCUUCGUCUCUCGUCCUCCGACCACGACGAACGAGGAGCCUUCAAUCCCUAUCCCCACCCCAAAAUUAUCAUCGAAACAUCAAUCCUGCACCAUCGCCUUUAUUCCCUAACAAACUCUGGCAUGCAUCCGCCAACGUAAUAGACCGACGACCAUCGUUUCCCGACGAAACCCAAGCUUUCUGGUAAUGACGAAGGCACCGUCAAAGCCUAGGAAUCCCGAGGAUGUCAUUUCCGGAAAACCAUAUUCGCAUGGUAGAAGCACAAAUUUUGGACUCUUCGUCUGUCGCGACUGGUGAGUUAUGAAGAGAGAGGUUGUGGUUUUUGAUUCUGGUCUCGUUUUUAUCUCUUUUUGUAGUUUUGUCUUGCUGUAAAAGAAGGAAAACAACUCAACAUAUUCCAAAAGGGACCACUGCCCAUUGAUUGCAUUCUUUUCGUGAGUUUGCCCCUCAAUCUGAUGGCGAGUGUCUCCAAAUCCUGGGUAGAAUGGUCAUUGCAUCUUUGGUUUGUCAAAACCCUAGCAUAGAAUAAUAGUUGAAGGGUGUG